AUGGCAUGGAAAGGGAAGAAGGAAACUCCUGCCCCUUCCAAAGCUGAAGCCAAAGCAAAGGCAUUGAAGGUCAAGAAGGCAGUGCUAAAAGGCAUUCACAGCCACAAAAAAAAAAAAAAGAAGAAGAAGAAGAUUCGUACACCACCCACCUUCAGGCAUCCAAAGACUCUGAGGCUCCAGAGGGUGCCUAAAUAUCCUUGGAAGAGUAUCCCCAGGAGAAACAAGCUUGACCACUAUGCCAUCGUCAAGUUCCCCCUGACCAUUGAGUCUGCUAUGAAGAAGAUACAGGACAACAACACACCUGUGUUCAUUGUGGAUGUCAGAGCAAACAAGGUUCAGAUCAAACAGGCUGUGAAGAAGCUUUAUGACAUUGAUGUGGCCAAGGUCAACACCCUGAACAGGCCUGAUGGUGAGAAGAAGGUAUAUGUUCAGCUGGCUCCUGAGUUUGAUGCUUUGGAUGUUGCCAACAAAAUUGGGAUCAUCUAA